CGCUAAAAGGGGAACACGUUCGUUUGUGCCAGAGCCACUCUCCUGUAACCACGGGAGAUGGGGCAGUCUGUGCCGUGAGGACGGAGAUCGGAAGAAGGAAAACAGGGACAAGAAAACAAGCGAGACCGAAGAGGACAUCUGGAGAAAGCGGAAGGCAGGAGACGGGGAGGGGAAAGAAACCCACGCCAGGUGGAAACAGGACCUAGAGCAAACCGGUCGGGUCCACGUUGUUUCUGGGAGAGAAGAGAGUACGGGAGGAUUGCCUUUUUUCCUGUCAGUUAAUGAAAACUACUUUUAUCCUCAUCAUAAAAGAAAAGGGUAAGGGGAGGUAAAGACAAUCUGUUUUCUUAGGGGAAGAGCUGAGGGAAAUCCGGACUACCUCUUUGAAGCAUCUGAAAUAAGCCACUGCCUGGUACACAUUGCUGAAAGGUCCUGGUUUCUGAAGAGCUACAUCCUUUUUCAGGAGAAUUCCAGCCGGAGUAGCUGGUACAGUUCUAUUUUUAUAUUUAAAUAUCUAUGCCUCCCCCUUGCCGCCCCCAACAACACUUUCCUUGUUUGUAAGCACGAGUGACAAGAAAGUGUCACGGCAGAGUAGGAAUAUUUUCAUUUUUCUCUUUUAUCUGCCUGGGUCUUUUUUUUUUUUUUAAAAGAGGGUAGGAGUGGUCCUUAUCACAUCACGGAAAAGGACGUCUCCAUUUGAAAGGCUUUCUCUCUAAAUAUAUUUACAUCCAUAUGCAUUAGAAAGAGAGAUUCCUUUCGGAGGUUGAAAUCCUACUGAGAAACAUGGAAAAAGGAGCCAGGCACCGAAACAACACUGGAAAGAACCACCCAGGUGGGAGCGAGUCGGAGGCCAGCCCCGAGAGUUCUGCAGGGGGCGGAGUGGCCCUGAAGAAAGAGAUUGGAUUGGUCAGUGCUUGUGGUAUCAUUGUAGGGAACAUCAUUGGCUCCGGAAUCUUCGUCUCACCCAAAGGUGUGCUGGAGAAUGCCGGCUCCGUGGGCCUCGCCCUCAUCGUGUGGAUCAUAACAGGCCUCAUCACAGCUGUGGGAGCCCUGUGCUAUGCUGAGCUCGGGGUCACCAUCCCCAAAUCUGGAGGUGACUACUCCUACGUCAAGGACAUCUUCGGAGGACUGGCUGGGUUCCUGAGGCUAUGGAUUGCUGUGCUGGUGAUCUACCCCACCAACCAGGCUGUCAUCGCCCUCACCUUCUCCAACUAUGUGCUGCAGCCGCUCUUCCCCACCUGCUUCCCCCCAGAGUCUGGCCUUCGCCUCCUGGCUGCCAUCUGCUUAUUGCUCCUCACAUGGGUCAACUGCGCCAGUGUGCGGUGGGCUACCCGAGUUCAAGACGUUUUCACAGCUGGGAAGCUCCUGGCCCUGGGCCUGAUCAUCGUCAUGGGAGUUGUACAGAUCUGCAAAGGACAGUACUUCUGGCUGGAGCCAAAGAACGCAUUUGAGAAUUUCCAAGAACCUGACAUCGGCCUCAUCGCGCUGGCUUUCCUUCAGGGCUCCUUUGCCUAUGGGGGCUGGAACUUUCUAAAUUACGUGACGGAGGAGCUUGUCGAUCCCUACAAGAAUCUUCCCAGAGCCAUCUUCAUCUCCAUCCCACUGGUCACAUUUGUGUAUGUCUUUGCCAAUGUCGCUUAUGUCACUGCAAUGUCCCCCCAGGAGCUGCUGGCAUCAAACGCAGUCGCUGUGACUUUUGGAGAGAAGCUCCUAGGGGUCAUGGCCUGGAUCAUGCCCAUUUCCGUCGCCCUGUCCACAUUUGGAGGAGUCAAUGGGUCCCUCUUCACCUCCUCCCGGCUGUUCUUUGCUGGAGCCAGGGAGGGCCACCUUCCCAGUGUGUUGGCCAUGAUCCACGUGAAGCGCUGCACCCCAAUCCCAGCCUUGCUUUUCACAUGCAUCUCCACCCUGCUGAUGCUUGUCACCAGCGACAUGUACACACUCAUCAACUAUGUGGGCUUCAUCAACUACUUCUUCUACGGCGUCACAAUUGCUGGACAGAUAGUUCUUCGGUGGAAGAAGCCAGACAUCCCCCGCCCCAUCAAGGUCAGCCUGCUGUUCCCCGUCGUCUACUUGCUGUUCUGGGCCUUCCUGCUGGUCUUCAGCCUGUGGUCGGAGCCCGUGGUGUGUGGCACUGGCCUGGCCAUCAUGCUGACAGGGGUGCCUGUCUAUUUCUUGGGUGUUUACUGGCAACACAAGCCCAGGUGUUUCAAUAAGUUCAUUGAGCUGCUGACCCUGGGGAGCCAGAAGAUGUGUAUGGUUGUGUACCCCAAGGUGGAGGAGGACUCAGGGACAGAGGAGCUACAGGAAGACAUGCAGGAGCAGCGGCAGCCCACUGCCCCCAAGGACAAGGAUGCAGAGGAGCCCUGAGGACCACCCUCCCCUCUCAGCCGCUUCCCUCCUCCUUCAUCCCCCUCUCUGCCCUCCUGCCCUGCCUGGGUCCCCCAAACACACACACACCCCUCUGCCUCUGUCAUUCCGGGGUCAGGAACUGGGUGUGGGUG